ACGCCGUUACGAACAAGUACAGUACUAGAAGUGAAUUUAGUAAAAAGAGCGCCUCAAGCGUCAAAAUCAAAAACGAAAAUCAAAAUGGUAUAAAGCUUUUAGUUUGGAACAUGUCUUGUUAUGGUUGUGGUGCUACUUUUGGAAUAUUUAAGAAAGAGCUUGGAUGCAGUCACUGUGGAUUUUCUUUCUGUGGAAGAUGUUGCAGUAAAAAAAUAGUAAUUCCAAAACUUGAUCCAUCCAAAAAGCAGCUUGUUUGCAAAACUUGUUUUGAAGCAUUAAGCAGUGUGCAGUCUACUGAAGAUGUGAAAGAUGUCAAGGCAGAUAGUCCUCCACAAGCUCUUAAAAAGAGAAUGGAAGCUUUACAUAAUAACUCAUCCAAGUCUGGAAACAUGAACGAAAAAGAUAAAAUAAUUUCUGAAAAACUUAAAAAGUUAAAACCACAAAGAAGUUUAGAUCCUGUUAUUUCACAGACAGAAUUAGAAGAAAGACUUGCCAAACUGAAAGGAAUUAAUCCCAAAGUUUAUACAGCACCACCAAUAUUGGUUUAUAGAGAACAAGAUAAUCGUUCAGUAGUAGAUAAAACAGAACAUUUAAUUGAGCAGUGUCAACAUGAAGUAGAGCUUGAAUCCAAAGAAAAGUCAACUGAUAAAGAAAUAGAAGAACGUCUUGCUAAGCUUAGAGGUGAAACAAUAGAAAAGAAAACAGUUUUGCCUGAUGAAAUUCCAAAAGAUUUACUACCAAAAGAAGAAAAUAAAGAAGUUGAUGUUGAUGAAGUUAACAGAUAUUUAGCUGAACAAACUUCAAAAGUGGAAUUAUUAGCAAAAAAAGAAAUAAAGGAAUUAGAAAGUGAUAAAGAAUUACAAAAUCAAUUAAAAAAACUAAAGAAAAAAGGCAAAGAAGUAACUGCCGCUAGUGAUGAUGAAAAUAAUGAUGAUGAAAACGAUGAUGAAAUAGCUGACGAAUUAGUGAAAAAAUUUGUUGCAGAAGCAGCUUUAGAUAGUAAAUUAGAUGAAACUAAUUAUGAUAAAAAGUUGCAUCAAUCUUCAGAUAGUGAAAAUGAGAAUGAUGAAUUACCAUGGUGUGUAAUUUGUAUGGCUAAUGCCCAAUUACGAUGUUUUGGAUGUGAUAAAGAUUUAUUUUGUCUUAGAUGUUUCAAAGAAUGUCAUGAAAGUUUUGAAAUCACCAAUCAUCCAACUGAACCUUUCCACCCUCCUGCCAAGCAAAAUGUAAAAUUAGAUAUAUAAAAAUCGUAUCAAAGCACUUUGUGAUAUUUAGGUGCCUAAAUAGUUAAAUAUGAUUGCUUAACUUCUCUGCUAUGCAGAGAAUUUUGUUAAUUGUGUUGUUUCUGAUUAACAAUUGCACAAUAUAGUAAA